AUGUCCUCUGUCUUGCAAGAAGUGAACUCCGAGCUCAGUAACGGAGUGGUGUUCCAGAACUUUGCAGGAAUGGAGCUUCAGGUGCCUUGUACCGUCCCUCAGUCGGUGGUGAGCACAGCGUCAGGCUGUACGAUGAGAUGUAAGGCCUUCCCAUCAUGCCGAGCGGGCUCGUACAACAAGGCAACAGCCAGGUGUUGUCUCAGCUCCCUUCUGGCCUACGAACAAGGCGCCACUUACCUGGAGAACGAGAACAGCACCUACUUCCAGCCUGUCACAGACACUGUGCAGUAUGACAACUGGACCCUGGUGUUCCGGGUGUUGGAUGGAAGCGGCCAAGAGACUUACGCCACGUGGACGAGCACUGGUCUCUAUCAUGACCACUGGCUCGGGUCAAAGGACAUGGAGCUGGGAUGUGUGAGCAUGGACGUCUCGAAGCCCUGCAACACUUUGUUCCGAAGUCGACUGCUAGACGACUGGGACAACCUCAACGUGCAGAAGGUUCGUGUGAGCCUGUUUAAUAACAGCCUGCAAGUUCUCAAUCUCAUUUUCGACGGGAGAAACUCUGACUACAUAAACUGGUUCAGUCCUGACCGAGUCCUUGAGUCGCCAUGGAAUGACCUGUACCCCGACCAUUAUUACAACAGCUUCUCUCUGCCUGGGAUUAUAGAGCAUCAGCGCCAUUUCUUUAUCAACUUUUAUUAUUACGGUUGCCCUGGUGACACAGGCUGGCUUAUGGUCGGGGACAAGCCUGGAGACAGAUAUGUUUGUGACUGGGAAAGCUAUGCCAGUCCCGUUAUCCUGUUCAGCACUUCAAGCGGAGCAGUCACUUGGGGAUCCUCGCCCACAAGACACCAGUAUCUGCGCCUCAUCACAUGGGUUGGGCGUAACGGACAAUUAGCAGACAGAAGAAACAAUGCCGCAGUCGGUCAGUUCACUUCGUGCCACCGCUCGCCCCUGACGCCGGACCGUUGGGAGGCAGCUGCCCACCCGCCCCAUCCCCCGCCUGCAGCCGACGCAGUGCCGCCCAGCAGCUCAGAGCCCGGCAGUCAGACGUCCAGCCAGCGUGCUGCACUCAUCGACAGAAAACUUUGA